AGGCACACACACUCGCAUAUACAUCCACACAGACGGGGAGAGGAAAAAAGAAGUGUUUUGUUGUUUGCAAAGUUAAUAUAUUGUAUUUUCAUUCGUUUUCAAACAAAGAGCUGCGUAGAAACGAAAUAAAAUUGAAAAUUUUUCUGUAAAAAACGUGAAAAUUGACCCAAAACAAUUGUUUUAAAGUGCUUUUCGUGAUUGUGUAUGGUUUUGUGCAUUUGAUUGGGACGGAAAAGCGGAAAAACCAAACCGAAUAAUGUUGGACCUAGAAGUUAUACCCGAACGAUCGUUGGGCUGUGACAAUUGGGAAUUUAUUUUGGGAAUGCAUUUUUCCCAAGCGGUCGCCAUCAUUCAAUCCCAGGUUGGAGUUAUCAAAGGUGUACAAGUUCUGUAUUCGGACACUAAUCCACUCGGUGUAGAUAUUGUGAUCAAUUUGCCACAAGACGGAAUCCGGCUAAUAUUCGAUCCGGUCGUUCAACGACUCAAGGCAAUUGAAGUGUUCAACAUGAAAUUAGUUAAACUGAAAUACUGUUCGUUAGCCUUCAACUCACCUGAAGUUGCACCAUCGAUUGAACAGAUUGAACAUUCGUUUGGUGCCACACAUCCAGGCGUUUAUGAUGCUGCAAAGCACUUAUUCGCUUUACACUUUAGAGGAUUGAGCUUUUACUUCCCCGUCGAUAGCAAACUCCAACCAGACUAUGCACAUGGCUUGGGAUCGUUGCAUUUCCCGAAUGGUGCUUCGCCGGUUGUCUCCAAAAUGGCACUGUACUGUGGCGGCAAUAUAUCGGAAAGUAAACCACCGCCACUUCCGCUAUCCUGUUACAAUCAGCAAUUGUAUUUGGAAUCAGCGUCGAUAAUGCGAAAUUCUAGCGGUACGCGAGGCCUGCGAUUGCAACUGUUCACAGAGGGUUCCGUUCGUGUUCUAGAGCCACGGAAACAGAGUUUGACGCGAGAGAUUCUCUUCGGAGACUCAUGUCAAGACGUGGUUAGUAAUUUGGGAUCGCCGAACCGGGUAUUUUUCAAAAGCGAAGACAAAAUGAAGAUUCAUUCGCCCAGCUCACAUCGCAGAGUGCAAACGAAACGGAGUGACUUCUUCUUCAACUAUUUUACCCUUGGAUUGGACGUCCUGUUCGAUGCUAGAACUCAAAGAUGUAAAAAAAUUAUUUUGCACACAAACUUCCCCGGCCACUACAAUUUCAACAUGUACCACCGAUGCGAAUUCCAGCUGCAAUUGGCUGCUGACAAGCUUAUCGAUGGCGACGACGAGAAGCAAUCGGUUAUCGUUUCCGCCUAUUCCAAAUGGGAUUCGAUAAGUUCACGACUGGCACCGGCCGAUCGGCCAGUUGUUCUCCAUCGGGCCGGAAGUACCAAUACGGCCAAUCCAUUCGGUUCGACAUUUUGUUACGGAUACCAAGACAUUAUCUUUGAGGUCAUGCCUAACAAUUACAUUGCGUCGGUGACAUUGUACAGUAGCACACCAUUUCCCAGCAUGUGGCCAUACAAUUCGUGUGGGAUGAAUAUGAUGAAUAGAUCGGCUAAUCGUAGCAUAAAAAUUGACAGUCAAAAUCAGGUACCACAUCAGGCGUGACCAAUGUCUUAUCCAGCAGCCAGACUAUUGUUCGCCGGAAAAUAUCAGAAAAACAAUCACAUAAUCGUAAGAAAAUGAAAUUUAAGGUAAAAAUGAGGUCGAAAUUUUUUAAAUAUUUUUUGUUUCGGACGGUAAAGUCCGCCGUCGAGUGUAUUACGUUUGAAGAAUCAGUUUUUUUCUUCUUUUUGUGUUCAUGUUAAGAUGCCAAAGUUCCGGUUCAUUUUUUUUAUAUUUUACCAGUGAAAUGGUAGAUUUGUUUGUCGCAUCUUAAAAUUGUACAUUUUUGUUCUUUACUUAUUAACGUUCCCAAUUGUGGGAAGGAAUUAAAUUUUUUUUUUCGAUUUUCAUUUAAAUUUUUAGUGAAGACAAGUCAUUAAGUGACAUAAAGAAAACGUUUAGUUUGUUGAGAACAGGAGUUUAGCUUUUAUUUUCUUCGAUUUGUACUUAUAAAACAAAGCAAAAUUACAUUUCAGUGAAACGUCAAAUUGUUUUCUUCACAAUCGGCCUUCGUUUGAAUUCUGACCGAUUACCUUUACCGCAUCAAACAGCCAAAGAAAAUUGUCCAAGCUGGAUUCAAAGACCAUGCUCAUGGUUGAGGCCAGUUCCAAUCAGGGCUUACUGAACUUCCCCAAAAAUUAUUGGAAAUUUACCGCAUUCAUUGGUUUGGUGAAUUCAGCAAAUUUUUGGUAAACUUCGGUAAUUUCGGGAAAUUUACAGACAAAUGCCCUGGCUCCAAUUUGGAGGAACUUUCUAAAAAAUAUUUUGUGGACAACCGCUGUCAUUCCCUUUUCACAUUUUUCUUCCAAUGAUCAGUGACAAAUACAAAAUUGAGACUAUGAUUCAAGCCUCUUACACCUUCUAUGUAUUAUGAUUUUUCGAUAAUUGUCCUUAUAGUCAGGACUUUGAACCCCCUCACAAAAACCCCAUGGUCAAAAUAAUAACUGACAAAGAAAACUCGAAUAAUAAUUUCCCGUCCCCUCGUGACUAUGGAACACCAUAUUUUUCUUAUAUUCAAGAGAUGAUAAAGCUUCUCAAGAACAACGUGUUCAAAACAUUCAGAUCCUUUAAUUUAAAAUCCAUUCCGUGGAAAUUGAAUGGAGAGGUGGCGAAUAUUUGAAAAUUUCCUUGACAAUAUGGAUUUUCAAAAAGAAGGAGGAGAAUUUUUGAGGAUUUUCAAUGGUUUUCGGAGGAUUUUCUGUAAUUUUGAGAGGAUUUUCUUUACCGAUUUUUAGCUGGAUUAUCGACAAUUUCCCUUUAAGUUUUUUGAGUUUUCUUUGAUUUCUAAGGAUUUUUUGAUGAUUUUGUUGUAAUUGGAGAAUUUUCUAAUUUUAAAAUAUUUUCAAAGGAUUUUCCAAGGAUUUCUUUCGAAUAAGGAUUCAAUCCUGAAAGUCUUUUAGCUGAAAAUCUUGGGUACGUCUUCUCUUUUCCAGAAAUUUAGUUCAGAUCGCUGCUUUUAAGUGGUAGUAGAGGUCAGGUAAUUAGCAUUGAAAAAUGGGACCCAUCAAAAUUAUAAUAAACGUUUCUGCAGUGUCACUGAAUCCACGAUAAAAAAGGGAAUCGUUGGACCUUCGGACCUCAUGUAUGUUAAAAAAAUCAUAUUUUUUCACUUCAAAUUUCACUUUAAAAUCAGUCUCGAUAAACUUCACAUUUCUCCAUUCAAGCAAACGAUUUUUUCUUUAAUAAUUGACCGUUAUGUAAUCCAAUAAAUUUCUUUAAAAUGGAGUAACAGAACACAACAUAUAUCCAGACAUUUGGCUAGAUCAAUGAAAUUAAACUGAUUGAAACUGAAAGAAAGAAAACAUUGAAACAAAUCAAAAUUUUGGUUGAAAUAACCCAUUAUUAGUGCAUUAAAAACUAAUUAUUUGUCAUACUCAGCGAUGCAUCUCUAAGUUUGAUUUUCUCUUGAGUGAUAUCUCUCUCUCUCUCUGACACCCAAGUUUCGGGUGAAUUUAAGUACAGCGUCAUGGGUUUCGCUUUGUCUAACGCUAAUAACGCUAACUAUUUCGAUAGAAUUGAUGGAAUGUGAUGAAUAUGAUGGAAUGAAUAUUGGAAGAAUAUUUCAACACUGCAAAAAUUCUAUCGAAAUCGAAAGUGCUACAAUGAAGUGGGCUUGCGCUUCUCUCGAAUUCGCCGAAUUCAUUCGAAACUUGGCUGUAUAUACUUUGGGGCUAACGACCUCGAAACCUGUUCAACUAGUUACAAAAUCUCAAUUUUUCGUCAUUGUGACAUAAUGUGUAUUUACGAUGCCAAACUGUCGUUUCGUAAUUGUGGAAAUGUCUUUAAUUACACUAGACGUUAAGUUAUUGUCAAUCCGUCGAGAAACCGAUAGGUAUUAAAAGAGUCACGAAGUGGUUGUAUGGAAGUGAGACUUAAACUCACGAUCUGCCACUAUUUUCUGUUCAAUCUUUUAGUUUUAUCAGACAUCGUUGAUCUAUAAGUCUAUGGUAUGUUCUUGUCUUCAACAUAAAAUCAAAUAAAUUUAAAUAAAAAAGUUAAAUAAAAAGCAAGCUAAACUUAUGCAAAAAUGGUGAUAAAAAAUAAAUUAAAAAAAAGUUUUUUUUUAGUAAUUAAGUGAAACUAACUUAAAUAAUAAUAGUAAUGAUUAGUAUCAAACACAAUAAAAGAAAAGAAAUAGAAACAAUGACAAAAACAUAAAAAUAAGAUUAAAACUAGAAACUAGAAAAUAAUUUGCAAGAUCACAACACAACCCUCUAUAAUUCUAAAUAAAUUAAUUUAAAACAAAAGUAAAGUAAAGUUAAUAGUAAAUCAUAAUAAAAAAAAAAACUAAAACAUAAAUCAAAACCAUUCAAGUUAUGCAAGAUUUUCUAUCUAAAGAAAAUCGGGCAAUAAAAUUUACAAAAAAAAGGAGAUUACAUGAGAUGGUGCGAAAGCAAUUCAUUACAUCAGGUAACAAUUGCCGAUAAAAGCAAACCCCCAAGCGUGGUUUUUGAGCAAAAAUCUUCGGUAACUGUCUCUUCAUCAAAUUUUUCGACAAAUGUAGGCCGUGUAUCCGAGCCAAAGGUAAGAUUCACAGCUUCACUCAUCGAAAAACAGUUACCGAAGUUGUUUCCGAAUAAAUGGAUCACUUUCUCAGCAUCCAAUUCACUCUAUUUUAUUACCUGCCCCAUGCGAAGCGUUGGUUAUCAUUAAGAAAUUCUCACGUAAGAUGAAUCGAAAAUAUUCUUCAUGUAAAUGGAUGAUUGUCACAUGACUCAAACUGCUUUGUAGCGGUCAACUUUCGCAUGGGGCAGACAAUAAAAAUUGAUUUUUUUUAGUACCUUUGCGUAAUCAUAUUUCAGUAACUUCGUCCCAUCGAUGGAGUUUUUAUAUAUUUUCGUUUUUCCUCGUUUUUCCUCUCACAAGCCGGAUGAUUAAUUACGUGUUGAAUGGAUCGUAAAAUAUUGUAUUUAAAGAAAAUAUUUUAUAAAAUUAGACGAUAUGGUCAGUAUUGUUGACUCAUUUUUUUUAAGUAAAAAUCCUUUAAAUAAACAUAAAAAUGAAGCAGGUAAAUACACCUCUUCCACAUUAUCUCAAUCUUCAGCUACACCGACAACAAAAUAUAACUUUUAAUGCUCUUUGUUAUUGUCGACUAUUUACACAUAAUGGAUCACUUGAUGUAGUGAUAAUAGUAACAAUUCCUCACAAUUGGAAUAUUAGGUGUAUUCUGUGGAGCAGAGCAGACAAAUAAAUUUAAAAAUGAGAUCAAAAGAAGGUCUUUUUCUCUGAACAGUGAAAACCAACAGCUUACCUCGCUGCACGUUCAUAUGAAGCUCGGAACUGGUCAAGUUUACGUGAACCUGAUAUGAUCAAUAUAGGCCUGAUGGGAAUUGACUUAAAGCCUGAAAGUUGCAGUCAGUCAAACGUGACUUGAUAGUUCAACAUCAGCUCCAGGUCUGGUUCUUUUUCUAAUUUUAUCUGACCUGAAUAUUUUGCUCAAACUGGUUUCUCUAACAAAGAUAAUGGUCGAUAACAGAUGACUAUCCAUGAUACGAAGAAAAUAGCGUUGCUCUGCUUCAAUGUAUUUGUCAUGCGUGUCGCAAAAGUAAAAUAAUUCUUUAGAAAGUAAUUUUUUAGAAUCGUUAAGUGAUCUAACGUGUAAAGGCGAGACACCA